AUGCUGUGCGGGUCCGAGCUCGCAGCUGUUGUUGAGUUAGAGGCGGGCCGGGAGCAGGGGCACCAACUUCACCGUCGGGGGGGCGGGGGGCACCUUUACAGGAAUGUCACCGAUGGCUUCACCGAAGUGAUGAGAUCGUGGGACGCGGGAGAUCACUUGGCAUUGAGCUGUGAUGUUGCCAAAGAACAUGAUGUUCAAAAUACUUUUGAAGAGAUAGAGAAAAAUUUAGGUCGAGUUAAUUUCUUGGUAAAUGCAGCUGGAAUUAACAGGGAUAACCUCUUAGUAAGGACAAACGCCGAAGAUAUGCUAUCUCAGCUUCAUACUAACCUCUUGGGCUCCGUGCUGACCUGUAGAGCUGCCGUGAAAACAAUGAUUAAACAGCAGACAGGGUCCAUUGUGAAUGUGGGAAGUACUGCGGGUGUAAAGGAGUCUGGCCAGUCCGUGUACAGCGCCAGUAAAGGCGGGCUAGCCGCGUUCUCACGCGCUCUUGCUAAAGAAGUAGCAAGAAAGAAAAUGAGAGCGAAUGUAGUUGCACCAGUACGUCAUCGUCAUCAGGCACUUCUCAGAGGUGCUGGGACAGGAGAAGGGGACCCGCACUGUUACUCGGUCCUGGAGCAGCGCCGCCCGGGAGGGCGUGACCUCGGUCUGAUGGGACUCAGGGGGCCGGGAAGCUGCAUCUGUACUAAAACCAGAAGAGAAACUUCUCAUUUAAAAUCAGUUGUAUUUAAGUUAAGACCUCUCAGGAGCUGGAUCGGGUCCACAGGAGGAGGAAACCGUCCGUGCGUUUGCCAGCAGCUCAGGACUGUGCAGCCCCAGGGCCGGGAGGUGGAUGGGCCAGAGAGCUACUGCCGGAAGCUGCAGGGCAGCCACACCUUCCCCUCCGGGAGCUACACAGACUGUCUCUACCAGACCCAGAUACAGAUAAACCCCAGCGUCAUGAAACCCCGGGGCAGAUACCGAUCCACGUACGUGUGA